AUGCCAAGUGCUGCCGGUAAGAAGCGCCGCAACAAGGCCAAAGCGCAGCACAAGCAGAAUGUCAAGCGAGCCACAAAGAAAGAGUCCCAAUACGUCAAGACGCUACCAAAAGUAUCAGAGAACGAUCUCUUGGCUUUUCAAUUUGCGCAUUUCGGCGAUGAUUCCCGGCCACAGAAGUGGUUCGUAACACCUGAAUCCGCCAUCAACUUCGAGCCGGAAUACGAGGAUUCUUUGGGCUACUACGACGACGGUGUCAAGCGGACUCUCACCGACGAGCAAAUUGAAGUCUUUCGCAUGUCGGAGCUGUGGAAUCUGGAGCGCGAGCAAAGGCGGUUGGCAGAGGAAUUGGGGGAGGGUCCUGCAGAAUCUCCUCCGGGCACGCGAGGAACCCCAUACGACGCCCCAUCACCUGUCUCGGAAGUCUCCAGCUUGGAGGAUGAGCUGAUCUCGGAUGCCGUUCGGGACAAGAUGCAACACCUUCAACCGCGGCCACCACCUCAAAUCCAACCACAACCGACCCCAACACAACACACUCAACCAAAAGCAUUCCGGAAUCCCCAACGUGACCCUUCGCAGAGUAGUCGGAUUGACACCGCCACAUCCAACAACAGCAGUAAGCGACGCCGAUCCAACGAGAUUCCGUAUGACGACAGACGCAAACGAAACUGGGAGUCUUAUAUUGAGGAGAAUGAUCCCGUUCAAGGCUCACUGACGCAUCGACGGAUGGCUCGGGAGCUGGACGAACUGAAGAAUGAGACUUUUGAGCUGGACUACUGA